AUGUUGAAAGCAGAGAAUCCGAAUCAGCACACAAGCAUUUUCUAUGAGCAGGAUGGUGAUGCAUCCCUCUCCUUUAAGCAAAAAGAAAUUGCAGUAGGAAAAUAUCCACCUUUCAAUCAAAGCCCAAAGAAUUCUAAUACAUUUAAGAUAGUUCUACAUGGUUCGAACACUGCAUUGCCUAAAGAGAUUGACAAGGGCUUGAAUAGCACAAAUUCAAAAGCACGCAUCUCUUUAUCUCUAUGGAUGAAUGCCUCGUUUGACAGUAGAUGCUCUGUCAAAAAGUGCUCGUGUACUUUCUCAGGAAAUGUCAUACCAAGGGCCAACUCUGAGCAAGAUAUCAACAAACUCAGCAACAUAGCGAUGGCCGUGGUGUUCAAUGACACCAUACUUGAUGUUGUCCUUAACAUUGUGAAUUUACUGGUUAUAGAACUCUCCGAUGCAAUCGCCUGUUGGUCAUGGGCAUCAUGUAUUCCAGAGAUUCUGAAUGGUGCCAAUGAAGAAGAACCAAAUCAGGGCAACAACCCCAUUAUUCCAGCAGUUCUUGUUUGGUAUUGGUCCCUCAGAUUAGAUUAUCCAUGGCAGUUGAACUAGUGCCUUCCCUAGUUCACAGAUGAAAAAGUCCAGAGGUUCUUCUCAUACCAAAGUGUAAGUAAUGGAUGCCGAGUGUUUUGUAUUUUGUAUUGGACAUGGGACUAAGAGUUUCACAUUAUUGUCUUAGUAUUUUUGUGAGGAAAAUUUCUAGACUAGUUCAAGAUACUCUCUCAAUUAUAUAACUAAAAUGCCCGAUUGGACAGAUUUGGAUUAGAACUUUAUCUAUAUUGGCAAGUGUAACUUAAGUGACAAAUUUUUUUUAAU